UCGGACCACACCGAGAGCACAUGCAAAGAGAAAAUGAAUGUGACGGUAGGAAAUCUGUCGGCAUUCGAUUCCAAGGAGCAGACUUGGGAGGAGUACUGCGAAAUUCUGGAUCAGUUUUUCGAAGCUAAUGAUAUUGACGACGGAGGCAAGCAGAGAGCUGUCCUCAUUAGCGUUGUAGGCCCAGCCACAUACAAGCUCAUAAGGAACCUCGUGAGUCCGGAUAAGCCUAGCACGAAAACCUAUAGCCAGAUAGUAGCUAUAAUGAAGGACCACUUCAAUCCUAAACCAAGCGAGAUCGUGCAGAGAUACAAGUUCGAUUCUCGCUCCCGUCAGCCCAAUGAAACCGUGAGUGCAUAUGUAGCCGAGUUGAGACGACUAGCUCAAGAUUGUAACUUCGGCGCCACACUGGAGCAAAUGUUAAGAGAUCGCCUAGUGUGCGGCAUCAAUGAUGAUAGGAUUCAGCGACGUUUAUUGUCAGAAUCUGACUUGACAUUCGAGAAGGCUUUCCAGAUUGCCGUGGCAGCCGAAGCAGCCACUAAGAACGUACAGGACCUGCAGACUAGGACGCAGUAUUCAUGUAACAGCGUGUCAUUGAAGGGACAAGAGAAAAAGGGAAAUUGGAGAAACAAAGAAUGUUACAGGUGCAACGGAAAACAACACAAUGCUGUCGAGUGCAAGUUUAAAGAAGCAAAGUGUCACGCCUGCGGCAAGGUCGGGCACAUCGCUAGGGCUUGUAGGAAUAAAAAUAAAAGGAGCUUCCGAACAGAUGAAAGGAAACCAAGAAAAGUCGAACGACCAAGGCGUCCACAGGAAGCACAUAAGGUAUGUGAGAAGCAAGGUGAUGAAAGUUCAUCAGAGCAAGAGGAAGCCUUCACCUUAGCUUGCAUUAAAACAGAAACCUCAGUUAAGAGAACUAAGCCAUUUGAAGUUAAAAUGGAGGUGAACAAGAAGAAAGUAAACUUCGAAAUUGACACUGGAUGUAGUGUGAGUGUCAUGAAUGAGACCAAGUUUAAGGGAAUGUGGAAAGAGCACAAGCGUCCACAGCUAAGAGGAACCAAGAUUACCCUGAGAUCAUAUACAGGAGAAGAGAUGAAAGUGGUAGGAGUAGCAGAUGUGGAAGUGACUUAUGCCCAGCAAGUGAAAAUAUUGCCCCUGGUCGUGGUGAAGGGUACUGGACCUAGCUUGCUAGGAAGAGCAUGGCUGAAAACGCUGAAACUUAAGUGGGAUGAGAUAAAAUAUGCAAGGACUGAGACACAAGGGUUGCAGCAGGUACUGUCAAAACAUGAAGAUGUUUUUAAAGAAGAGUUAGGCAUGUUGCAAGGCAUGAAAGCAUCAAUUCGAGUGUCACCUGAAGCCCGUCCAAAGUUCUACAGACCCCGUUCAGUUCCGUAUGCCAUGAGAGCUAAGGUUGACGUGGAGUUAGAGAGACUGCAGAGACAAGGCAUCAUAUCACCUGUUAAGUAUGCAGAGUGGGCAGCGCCCAUCGUGCCAGUUUUGAAGCCGGAUGGUGAUGUCAGGGUCUGUGGCGAUUUCAAACUAACAGUCAACAGCGCCUCCUCUCUGGAGCAGUACCCCAUCCCACGAGUGGAAGAUUUAUUCCAUAUACUGGCAGGAGGGAAACAGUUCUCCAAAUUAGAUUUAAGUCAUGCUUAUCAGCAGAUUGUGAUGGACGAGGAGUCCAAGAGAUACUUAACAGUCAAUACACAUCGCGGCCUAUUCACCUACAAUAGGCUCCCCUUUGGAGUGUCAUCGGCCCCAGCCAUUUUUCAGAGGACCAUGGAAAGCUUGCUACAGGGCCUGCCUGGAGUAGCGGUGUAUUUAGAUGACAUAUUAGUGACUGGAAAAGAGGAAGCUGAGCACCUGAGCACGCUGGACGAGGUGCUGAGGAGGCUGAAAGAAGCUGGUCUGCGACUUCGCAGACGCAAGUGUGCAUUCCUGAGAAACGAGGUGGAGUACUUAGGUCACAUGAUCAAUGCGGAAGGCCUGCACCCAGUACAAAGUAAGGUGACAGCCAUUGAAGAGGCUCCACGGCCCACUAAUGUGACCGAAUUGAAAGCCUACCUCGGUCUACUGAACUACUAUAACAAGUUUCUCCCUAACUUAGCCACACACUUAGCUCCACUCCAUCAGUUGCUAAGAAAAGAGUCCCAGUGGACAUGGAACAAAGAGCAAGAAGAUGCCUUCAGUUUGUCCAAACAAAUGCUGAAAUCAACCAAAGUCCUGAGUCACUACUCUGCAGACAAAGAGUUGGUCCUGGCAUGCGAUGCCUCACCCUACGGAGUAGGUGCUGUAUUGUCCCAUGUCAUGGAAGAUGGCAGCGAGAAACCAUUAGGUUUUAUGUCACGCACGCUGACACCAGCUGAGAAGCGAUAUUCACAACUCGACAAAGAAGGCUUAGCCAUCAUGUUUGGAAUUAAGCGGUUCCAUAAGUACAUCUACGGACGGAUGUUUACAAUCAGCACUGACCACAAACCGCUGAUAUCACUUUUCCAUGAGAAGAAGCCCGUUCCUCAGAUGGGUUCACCGAGAGUACAGCGUUGGGCAGUCCUGCUUCGAGCGUACGAAUACAAAAUAAUGUACAAACCAGGUAAAGAACACGCGAACGCUGAUGCACUGAGCAGGUUACCUCUGCCACAUACAGAGGAAGAGGAUGACGCCGACCACGUGCUUAUGCUGGAUGUGAUGGAAGAUCCACCAAUCACCACGGCUCAGGUGAAGCAGUGGACAGCCAAAGAUGUGGCACUGUCAAAAGUGUUACUCUGGUGCCUGAAAGGAUGGCCAAAGGAGGUGGAUGCAGAGUUUAAACCGUUCAGCCAGCGGAGGCUGGAACUUAGUGUGACUGAUGGCUGUGUACUCUGGGGGGCGAGAGUGGUAGUUCCUAAGAGGGGAAGGAGCGUCAUAUUGAAACAGUUGCACAACACACACCCAGGCAUAUCCAGGAUGAAAGGCUUAGCGCGCUCGCAUGUGUGGUGGCCAGGGAUGGAUUCUGAUAUUGAGAAGGAAGUUCAGUCCUGCCACACCUGCCAACAAAACAGUAAGAGUCCUGCAGGGGCACCGCUUCAUCCAUGGGAGUGGCCUGAAACUCCCUGGAGCAGACUGCAUAUCGAUUAUGCCGGUCCUUACCUGGGGAAGAUGUUCCUGAUUAUCGUCGAUGCUCAUUCCAAAUGGAUUGAUGCAUAUCUCACAAACAGUGCUACAAGUCAGGUUACUAUUGAAAAGCUGAGACAGUGCUUUAGUACACAUGGUCUACCCCAGACUAUAGUAUCUGACAAUGGAACGUGCUUUACAAGUCAAGAGUUUAAAACAUUCCUAAAGCAGAAUGGAAUACAACACAAAACAUCCGCACCUUUCCACCCAGCAUCGAAUGGCCUGGCAGAAAGAGCAGUUCAGACAUUCAAGCAGGGAAUAACAAAAACAAACGGAGACACACUAGAAACAAAAAUAGCCAGAUUCCUUUUCAACUACAGGAUAACACCACAAAGUACUACUGGCUUGUCACCUGCUGAAAUGCUCAUGUCCAGAAGACUGCGUUCCACGUUAGAUCUUCUUCUGCCUGAUGUGAAGUCCAAGAUUCGUAAGAAACAGCUCAAGCAAAAGGAACAUCAGGACACACACACCAAGUGGAGGAGUUUUGCGUCUGGAGAUGAGGUGUAUGUCCGAAACUACAGCCAUGGACCAAGGUGGAUACCAGCUGUCAUAGAUGAGCACACUGGUCCCGUCUCUUAUACGGUACAGACGGGAGAUGGACGUGUGAUGAGACGUCACGUUGACCAGGUCCGCAAGCGUCAUGCGUCAGGGAGCAACGUGUCCAGUCCUGAGGGGAGAGGAGAGCCUGACAGCUUGCAGUUGCCAAGGCAACCAGGGGAGGUUGAGCCGGCGGACUCGGGCAUCCCGGCAGCAGUAAGAGAGGAAGUGAUAGAGCAACCUGAGGGGCCAGCCCAGGUUCAUCCUCCAGCUGAACAUUUGCCAGAGUCAGGAGCUGAACCAUCACGGGGGCUGCGAAGAUCUGAACGCACAAGACAGACACCUGCUUACCUGAAAGACUUUGUUAGAUAGAAGUGAAUUCCCUCAAGAGAGAGCCAGAAUACGCUCUGGGAAUCACUGGAAGUGUUGGCAGUCUACCCACCUUCCUAGUUAGUUCAUAGAAAAAAAAAAAAAGAAAAAAAAUUUAACAUUGUAAACUGAGAUUGACAUCGUUUGGUAUGAACCUUUAUCUGUUAAGGGACGUAAGGGUACAGUUUUGUAGUUAAUGUAAGUAAUUCAGAUUGAUAAAGCACUGUAUGCAACAUUACUGCAAGUGAGGUUA